AUGAUUCUAUUUGUAACAACGGACUCCGUCUGGCCAUCGUUAAAUUUCAUUCCACAUGCUCUUGAUAUAGAAGAUUCAUGGGCAGUAGUGGCUGGCUAUGGCUAUUCGAACAUCCCUGACAAAGAUUACGCAGCUCUCGGCUGUUUAAUUAAUCUUUCAUCAUUCCCAAAUUCAUCUUGUACAAUACUUGUUUCUGAAAAAAUCUAUUUAGUACCAUCAAAUGUUGUCUAUUACAAUGAUCUUUAUGAAAUGUCAGUUUCUACUCGUGGUCGAACAAUACUCGUCGGAAUGCAUCGACUCGAAUCAGUUAUAGUGCUUGAAAAUAGUGAAAAAUCAUUGAAUGUUACUCGUAUGCAUACAUUAUCCUAUCCUGAUUCUUCGUCAUUCGGUCGUGCAGUUGACUGGGUAGAUGAUAAUACAAUUGCUGUUUUGAUCUACACAAGUUUUCAGACUCAGUGGUCACAAUCACAAAUAUUCUUCUAUGAUAAGAAUUCAGUAUCUUCGUCUUCUUGUCUGUACACUUUCCCAAAUAACCAACAAAUACUUGGUAGUCGCUUAUCAACUCCAUAUUUUUCACGUUUUGUUAUCACUGCCAGAGGAAACAUGGCUAUACUUACGGAUCGUGCCGAUGUUUUGAUUAUUCCUAUCGCUUCAAUUGGCUAUGUCUCGACAUGGAUAGAUACUAUAGCUCUGGUUUAUGUCUUCUAUUAUGUGCCAAAACCAUGCAUCGGCGGUACCUAUAAAAAUGGAUCAAGCCUGGGUCCUUGUCAAAUUUGUCCUCCGCGAACUCGAAAUCCAGGUACACUCUCUACUGGAGUCAAUAUGUGCAUGCCUUGCUCCAACAGUUCUUCAACUUCAUUCUGUCCACUCGCCUCACUGGCAGACAUUGAUUUAAGUACUAUACAUUCGUACAGUCAAGCAUUUGCCUAUCCUGAAACUGCUGAUACAACCAAUAUUGAAGAUCUUCUUCUUGUAAAUAUGUUUCAAAUUAGUUCAGAGCCACACUGUUUAAUUGUUUCACCCUUGUUUUGGACUUUGAUUGUUGGUGCAAUAUGUUUUCUCAUUGCGAUUGUAAUGAUUGUAUUAAAACGGUGCCGACAUCGUCAAUUUGGACAAUAUCGAAAUACAAUGAAAAAUCUUUUCAAACGUACGGAUAUUAUUGGUAAAGGUGAAUUAUGGGUUGGCGGUCUCGCAACCAUUGCUGUCCUUGUUCUUGUUGCUUUUUCUUAUUGGUUCUCUACGGCAUUUCUACGACGUUAUCCGAUCGAACAAACCUAUGAACCAGCUACGUUUGCAUGCGAUCAAUCAUUGGUUAAUGCACAAUUUUUUACCGCUCUAGAACUUCUCUCACUUCCUAAACCAGAUGAUGAACAGCAGAUAUUUACUCUACUCGAUGAACAGACUUUUAUUUUGACAAUGGAAUUCAUCAAUACAGGUUUCACGUGUGAUUAUAUUACGGCACAAGAAAAUUUCAUUGGCACGAAUUACGUACCCAUAUCUACUCAGUGUACACAUUCAGUAUUGAAUGCUAUAACAUCUGUGACAACUAUUGUGCCGAGUCAUUAUUCGAGAAUACAGAUCAAUAUAACAGGUCCUUACUGGAUCGGUGCCAUUCGUUUAUGUAUUCGAGGUAAUGGUUUAACGAAUAGGAGUAAUAUUUUACGACAAUUAGAUUUUUGCCAACUAUAUUCGACAUUCAAUCAAGCUAUAGGUCGGACAACAAUUAUUCCCAUUGUGUUCAUCAAAAAUAUCAAUGUGACCAAACCAUUAAGCACAGCAGACCCAACACUUUACUCGGGUUUAUGGAUACCAACAUUCGGUAGUGUUGAACUUUCGGAUGAAGCCUAUUAUGCCGAAUUCGGUAAUUAUUUACGGUAUACUACUUCGUUAACUGUGAUUCAGAUUCUACUUGAUGAACGCCCAUUUUACAUUAAAAAUAUUCAAGAACCUAUUGUUCGAGCGGCCGAAUUAGUCUUUCAUGGUUUAUUAUUUACUUCAUUAUGCAUUGAACUAUUUGCUUUUACUUUCGUUCUCGUUAAACUUUUUCUCUCACCAUUAGUUCGAUGGAUUAAAUGCAUCUGCAAGAAAUACUCUAGUAUGGACAACAAAUCUAUUGAUUCAAAUGAAAAAAUCAAGACAUCAUUUCGUACAAGUCACUUUGAAAGAAAUAGUCUUACUGGGCAGACAGAUAGCAAUCAAACUUCGUCUCUUGGAAGUGAUUCGACUCUAUUCAAGCGUCUGCAACGAGAAGACAAUGAUAUGUAUUCCUUACCGGAAAUUGUAGCAAAGUGCCAGGAACGAGCUAACAAAUUUUAA